GUUCACUCUGUAGACUUAAUAAAUGUCGGUGCUGUCCUCUCCACCACUGCCUUGGUGAACAGAAGUCACCGAGACUCACAGGCACCCUCUCUUCAGAGAAUAUGCCAGGAACAAGCUACCACCAAUCUUGCAAAACAAGUUUCAGCCGUUUUGCAUGAAAUGGAAACAUGAUUGCAAGAAAAACUAAAAAAAACAGCCAUCUGGAAUACAAAUGCAAACAGCAGUAAGAUUCGGUUUUUCACCUUAAGACCGACGGGCUGCGUGGAGAGGGUGAGCACGCUCCCACGCUUUGGGGACCGGCCUUCAACAACCGAUUCAACUUCCUCCUGGGAACCUGCCAACAGCUACCUAUACCUGACACGCUAUACUUGGCCAGGAUAAAAAAGUUCUGCUGUUGUAUGGUGGUGAUGGCUGUAAACCGGGAAUGUAUUUAAUGCUACAGGACCGCACAACUGGGAAUGAUUACAACGGGGGGAAGCGCGAUGAGGACCUGGUCCUGCCCAUCAACUCCUCUCUGAGCGUCACCUUGCACCAAGACCAGUUAAAAACCACCACCACGGCCGCCAUCAGCAAGGAUUUCACCGAGGACCGGAUUUGGCUGAAUGGCCGGGAGGAAGAUGUGGGGCAGCCCCGCCUCCAGGCCUGCCUCAGGGAGAGUGAGUGGGAUCCCGCGGGGGACGUGUGCGACACUGGGCCAAGCCCUUCCUUUCCCUCUGCCCCUUCUUCUGUCUGCAGGGUCAGAGUGCACAGAGGGUGCUGCUGGCUUCGCAGGCCCCCUGGGGAGGGGGCUGCCUGUGAGCACGGCCGGGGCCGGGGCCGGGGCCGGGGCGGGGGCCGGGACCUUCCCUCCCCGAGAAGGGCAUCUGCAGGAGAAGCCGGGGGCAGAGGCCGGCUUUCGGCUGUGCCGCUCCCUCCUCCUGACUCACGGCGGGUGAGAUGCCAGGAGCAGGUCGGGGCCACCUGCCCAGUGGCCGUGUCCCCUCCGCCUUCAGUCCGCCGCCUGGCCCGGAAGCGGAGGAGCACCGGCGACGAGGACCCGCCACCCCUCAGCCUCAGCUACAAGGUUCACGUCGCAUCGGUGAACAACUUCCCCACGGCCGCGGGCCUGGCCUCCUCCGCGGCUGGUUAUGCCUGCCUAGCCUACGCCCUGGCCCGGGUCUACGGGGUUGACAGCGACCUCUCGGAAGUGGCCCGCCGGGGCUCGGGCAGCGCUUGUCGGAGCCUGUACGGCGGCUUCGUGGAGUGGCAGAUGGGGGAGCGGGCCGACGGGAAGGACAGCGUCGCCCGGCAGGUGGCCCCCGAGUCACACUGGCCCGCACUCCGAGUCCUCAUACUUGUGGUGAGCGCAGAGCGCAAGCUGAUGGGCAGCACGGCGGGCAUGCAGACCAGCGUGGAGACCAGCCCCCUGCUGAGGUUCCGGGCCGAGGCGGUGGUGCCGGGGCGCAUGGUGGAGAUGACCCACUGUGUCCGGGAGCGGGACUUCCAGGGUUUCGGCCGGCUGACCAUGAAGGACAGCAACCAGUUCCACGCCACCUGCCUGGACACCUUCCCGCCCAUCUCCUAUCUCAGCGACAUCUCCAGACGCAUUAUCCGCCUCGUGCACUGCUUCAACGCCCACCACGGGCAGACCAAGGUGGCGUACACGUUUGACGCGGGCCCCAACGCUGUGGUCUUUACCCUGGACGACACCGUGCCCGAGUUCGUGGCUGCCGUGAGGCACUGCUUUCCCCCCGAGUCCAACGGAGACAAGUUUCUGAAGGGGCUGCCCGUGAGGCCUGCCUCGCUCUCAGACGAGCUGAGGGCCGCGCUGGAUGUGGAUCCCACCCCCGGUGGCGUCAAGUACAUCAUCGCCACGCAGGUGGGCCCCGGGCCUCAAACGCUGGACGACCCUCACGCCCACCUCCUGGGCCCCGACGGCCUGCCGAAGCCAGCUGCUUGACCACCUUCCCCAAGACGAGCCCCAGCCACCGCUGGGACAAGGGCCGCUUUGCCGGGACAGGGGUGCUGGGUGUGGCGGCCGCGAGUCUGUGCUCGCUGGGGGCUCGAGGGGUAGCCGCCGGGCUCCAGGCCAGGCCACUUGCUGUGGCCACAUUGGGACACUUGGAGUGACCGUUGGCGCCACACGGGCAGUCGGGGGCACGCCCCCCAGCGGGUGCCGGGCUGGAUGGCACGGGGCUCCCUGGCCUCGCCCUCUGGGGCCGCUGCCACCGCCCCAGACGGCAGCCGUGCCGGAUAUGACGGGGAGGUGGCGUCCCUCCUCAGAGCCGGGGGACAGGAUGCCUCUGCAGACCUCAGGGACCCUCUGGAAGACUUGAAGCCUGAGAGCCGCCUACGGCUCCUCUGCCAGACGCAGGCCACGAGGCCACGAGGUGUGAAUGGAACGUUUCUGUGUAAAAUGACCACUGGGGGGCGCCUGGCGAGCUCAGUGGCGGAGCGUGGGAGUCUUGGUCACAGGGUCGUGAGUUCAAGCCCAUGUUGGCAGCUGGAGAGUUUACUUUAAAAAUAAAUU